CGCUCAAGACUUGGCGGUAGCCAAUAGGAUUCGUGACUGUAUACUGUGUCUCUCGUGAGCGGAGGGUUCUGCACGCACUUGGAAGAGCGCACAUCGGUGUUAUUGUACUUCAAAGCCCCAUUAUCUAGGCAUCCACAGAAGCUGCAGAUAGAGAAGGCUGAAGGUAAAGAUGGGUAAAGAUCCAAGGAAGCCCAGAGGAAAGAUGUCCUCUUAUGCCUACUUUGUGCAAACCUGCCGUGAAGAACACAAAAAGAAGCACCCCGAAGCCAGUGUAAACUUCUCUGAAUUCUCCAAGAAGUGUUCAGAGCGAUGGAAGACAAUGUCUGCCAAAGAAAAGGGUAAGUUUGAGGAUAUGGCCAAGCAAGAUAAGGUUCGCUAUGAGAGAGAAAUGAAGAACUACAUCCCACCAAAGGGUGAGAAGAAGAGGCGAUUUAAGGAUCCCAACGCACCUAAGAGACCUCCGUCAGCAUUCUUCAUUUUCUGUGGUGACUAUCGUCCUAAGAUUAAGGGGGAGAACCCAGGUCUGUCCAUCGGAGACAUUGCCAAAAAGCUUGGAGAAAUGUGGAAUAGCUCAUCGGCUGAGGUGAAGCAGCCCUAUGAGAAGAAAGCAGCAAAGCUUAAAGAGAAAUACGACAAGGAUAUUGCCCUAUACCGCACAAAGGGAAUCGCAGGCUUGUCCAAAAAAGAUGGUGGGGAGGAUGAUGAUGAGGAUGAAAAUGAAGAAGAGGAGGAGGAGGAGGAAGAAGAGGACGAGGAGGAUGAUGAGUAGAUUAGCUACUGAUGUAGCCUAGGUUCUUGUUCAUGCCAUAAACCCAAUUGUACACGAUUCACAUCUUCAAGCGUAAUACAGCAGAAACAAGAAUUGUUAGGCUGUGUAUAUGCGACGUUUUUAAGAUGUACAGUGUUAUUCUCCUUUUGUAAAGUUAACACUAUGUGUCUUCAGUUUUAUGAUUUUUUAUCUUUGUUUUCGUUAGUGGUAGUUCUUGCCAGGAACAGUUUAAGGUUGAAUGAUAUGAACUGAACUGUUUCUCUGAAGGUGCAUAGCACAAUUAUCUGGUUUAUGUAGAUCUGUAGUACACUAUCAUAUUAGUUUUUAAAACUAUUUUUCGUAUUUGCCGUCAUAAGGUCCUUUAACUGUACUUUGAAUACCACUCUAAUUACAAGAAUGCAGCUUUGUUUGACAUUCAAGAAUGUGUCUGAAGUAAACAUUUCUUUUUUUAGAAAACUGUCCUGUUUUUUUCUUCCUGUAGUGACUGCGAUUGCGCAUAAUUUACUUAAUAUCUGCAGUGAUUGUAUCAAUGACGAGCGACUCUUCCUCAUCUAAGAAGUGUAAUUGGUCCAUGUAUGCGUUGUAUUAUGAACUGGUUCUUUAUUACUGCAUUAUCAACAAAGAAAUGAUCUGCAUCAGCCAAUUAAACAUUUUAGCACUUU